CUAGUUUUACGAAGUUUUAAAAGCUGUAAAUUUAAAAAAGCAAUCCGUUGCUCAAAGUCUUUAAACAUGGCUUCUCGUAACGAAAUUCCUGAGGAUUCUUACAUUAAAAAAGAAAAUGUUAAAACCAGCACCCAGGAGGACAAUAAAUAUACAAGUAACCAUUGGCAGGAAGACAGAAAUGUUACUGAAAGUUAUCUCUAUGCGUAUGAGAACAGUUUGUGGACAGAUGUGACACUUGAAUGUACUGCAGAGAAUGGAGACGCUUAUAAUAUAAAAGCCCACAGGAUGAUCCUGGCGUCACGAAGUCCUGUUUUCGAAGCAAUGUUGUUUGGUCCUGCUGCUGACAAAGGGGAGACAAUACAGAUAACUUCUUUUGGAUAUGAACUGAUGGACUUACUUAUCAGGUACCUCUAUGCUGGCGUGUCUGCACUGACUGAAGAUACAGCGAUUACGACUUAUAAGAUUGCCCACUUUUUUCAAGUCCCCGCACUUGUGGAUGAAUGCAGCUACUACCUUCGAAGCAUCUUUAGCAAGGACAACGUUUGCGAAAUACUGGACCUCUCUUUGCAAUAUGACAACGUGGGACUUCGAAAUGCAGCAAGCGAUUAUAUCGAUCAGAAUGCGUCAAAUGCUAUCGAAACGAAAGGUUUCUUACAGGUUUCCCAAAGCUGUCUGGAAUACAUGUUUGUUGGAGAUACGUUUCACGUUGAAGAACAGACUAUUUUCCGACGGUCAUUAGAUUGGGCUAAACAACACGAAGAAGAAAACAAUCCAAAUAAGGCAAAACACGAAGUUGAAGAAGAAAAAUUCGACACUACCGUAAAAGACUUCAGAAAAGCGCUCGGAAAUGCAUUUCAAUACAUUCGAUUUGGAUAGAUGUCUUUUCUUGAGUUUUCAGGAAUUGCAGGGAGCUCUUUAAACGCAGAGGAAAUAAAAUCCAUUCAUCAGUAUGCAAACGAUAACACCGCGGAUGAAUUUUGUCAGCAACGAUUACCCAAACAUGAAACAAUAACAAUCGAGAAAAGUAAAAUGAGCCAGUGUUUGGGCAUCAUUUCGUUUCAGUCACAUUACAAAAUAUACGUUCGGAAUGAUAUUUUCUGCAAAGGGAUUGAUUUUUCCGAAAUGUCAGUGGCAGUAGAUCAGCCAUCGUUUGGACGAAAUAUUAAGAACACAGUUUGUCCUGAUUUCGAAUUCUCUUUUGAGGUUAACAUUGAAAUCAGCAGGGUUAAUUGCAGCUAUACAGCCACAAAACCAUACUUAUCAUCAAACUCUGUGACAUUCGAAUCACCAAUUCGUCUUAAAGCAUCAAAAAACCCAUACACAUUCGUCGUUAGGAAGACAUUUCAGCUGCAACCCCUCAAACUUACUGUUACAACUACAGAGGUUGAAGAUGGAUCAGCCGAGAUGAAAAGAGCAAAGGUUACGUGGAAGGCGCAGUCUUCUAUUGUACACAAAAUUCGAUUUUUAAACCGAUCUAACAGAGAGUUUAAAAUGAACGAAAGAGAAAAUAACAAUAUCGAUAAUAACAAAGAAGAUGAAACUACGAGCGGAUCAUCUGAUGAUGAUAUACUUCUACUUCGACGACGUUUGGAUUAUCUGAUUUAGAUGUUGAUAACUUUGAGUGCUAUGUUUUAAAUAGUGACGAAAACACGCCCAAUAGUAAAAGGUCUUCCGGUGGUAUAAUUGUCUAUUUGAGGGAUACCUAUGUAAAGAACGGCACAUUGAUUUUCACAAGUAAUGACGAUAUUUUAUGUAUUAAAAUUAAUGGUUCGACCUUGGGUUUAGAUAAUGAUUUGUAUUACUGUUUAUCGUAUGUUGUACCUGAAAAUAGUAGUAGACAAGGUUUAAUUUAAAGAUAUACUUUUGAUAGGUUACUUUCACAUAUAGCUGAUCUUGAAUCAAAUAAUUUAAACUUUUAUCUUGUGCUUUGUAGAGAUGUAAAUGCACACACGUCGGAUUAUCCAGAUUAUGUUACAGAUGAUAGCUAUACGUAUAUACAUGAUUUGUAACCCGAUAAUGAUAUAACUGAUGUACCUACUGCAGAAAUGUUAAAAAGAUAAAGGCAGGAUAAAUAAUUACAGGUAAAUGUUUUUAGAUAUAUGUAAACAAACCGGAUUACGUAUCUUAAAUGGUCGUUUUAAUAGAGAUAAAGUGGGCAUUUUAUUUAAUGCAUGCUGGCAGUCGACGGUCAAGUGUUGUAGAUUAUGUUUUCACAACACAGAACUUAUUUGAGCAUGUUUCUAGUUUUGUUGUAGAUUCACCUAACAUUUUGUCAUACCAUUGUUCUGUUAAUUUUUCAUUGUCCUAAAGUAAACAUACAGCCGUUGCAACAUGUAUUGAGGGUAGUCGUUGAAACGUCCAAGUCAUGCCAAAUUUAUCAUACCAAGAUACACUUAAUUAUUUACAAUCUUGUUUACUAGGAUACAAAUGCUUUAUCAGCUCAGGAUUGGAAAUCUUGUGUUUCUGCUGAUAUACAUAAUUCGGCACAACCAUUUCAGCGUAUAUGUUUUAUUCAGUCGGACACAAACCGUUUUGAACAUAGCUCAAGCAAUGACCAGUCUUGGUUCGAUGAAGAUUGCUAUGAAAAUAGGGACUAAUUUAUAGCACGUUAAAUACUUUUAGACAUGACAACUCCGAAGAAAAUAUAUUAAAUAUGGUGAAUAAGAUCGCGAUAUAAAAUAUGCAUUCGUUGAAGUAAGGUUCUCAUGAUAAAUUGCAAACACAGUAGUUAAAUGAAUUACGGUUUAAAAUGCAAAGUUAUAUUGGAAUAUGUUGAAAGGCUGUGCUAAUAAAAAGCCACCAAUAUAUCAAAACGGUAAUUAACCCAAAUGACUCUUUUUUUCUCGUUAGAUGAGGAUGUUGUUGAUUUCAUAGAUAGAUAUGAGAAGAAUGAAUUCGAUGUAACGUUCAAUGAAUUAAAUACACCGAUGAUUUAUUAUUGUUUGAUAAAAGCUAUUUCACAAUUAAAGACAAAUGAAAGUGGUUGACCCGAUAUGCAUUUAAAUGAAUUUUUCAUCUAUGCAAAGUCUGUGUUGUAACCGCAUCUUCUUACAUGUUUUAAUGAGUUGUUUGAAAUUGAGUAUUCCCCAAGGACGUGGUCUAAGGGUUUUAUUAUAACAUUACAUAAAAGUGACAUGCUAAUGAUGCAAUUAAUA